AUGGUUGAAGGGUUAAGUGAACGUGAAAAGAGAUUGAUUCGUCGGAACAUAGUGAGGGAUACAGAGUUAAGUGCUGAGCCUGACAGAAUGAAUAUCGAAAGUGAUGUAAGGAGACGUUUUAGUGAAAGUAAAAGCUAUGUUGGUGCAGAUGAUCAUGGUGCACAUGCUAUUGAAAUGGAUAGAUUAAGUGACAUCUCAGAUUUGAACACGAUUGAUGAAUAUUUUCACGAGAGUACUUCAAUGGAGAUACGGGCCAUGGAAAGAAGUGUGGAUUCAAAAACCAGAGUUAAAGAAAACUUAAAUGAAAGUAACUUAAAAUAUCUUGAUGAUCACUAUGAAAGGUUAGAGCAAACUUUGCGAGAGCUUAGAUACGAUGAUGAUUUGCUUGAUCAGAAGCUUACAACUGAGCCUAUGAGUAAAUAUGGAAUUAGGGCCAAUUCCAUCGGGGAGAGGGGAGAAAUAGAAAAAGCUAAACGUCUCAGGCACUUUGACGAUUUGAGUGAAACAAAACUGAAAGGUAGCUAUAAAGAUUUUGAUAUGAGGUAUGAUGUGAUGAAAGAUGUAAAGCACAAAAGUGUUCAAAACGAAAGUCCUCGUGAUUUAAAGACUGAAAUUAGAAGUUUAAGAUUGGACCAAGAGGAAAUUAAAAGUCAAUCUAGUAGAUAUGAGCGUGAAAGUUUGAAACUGAAACAGUUACAAAUGGAGGAGGAUAGAAAGCAGCGAUUUAUGAUGGAAAAUAGACAGAGAUUGAACUAUGAAAUGGAAAUGAAGAGAAAAGCGGAACAUGAAUUAGUAGAAAGAAUCAAAAUAUUAGAGCAACAAGAGUUGGAACUGAAUAAAAGAAGGAAUGAAAAUGAGAGAAUUGAAAGAGAUCUAGAAAUGAGGAGAGAAAAUGAAGAGGAAUUGAAUCAUAGAUUAAUAUUAUUGAAAGAGAAAGAACAGUUGCUUCUGGAUAAAGCUGAUAACAGAAAAACUGAAUUUAAUGAUCGAAACAAAAAGAAAGAGGAAAGAUUGAAAGGUAGAGAACAUAAAGCUGAAAGCGUUAUGUAUAAAGUUGGUUCACCAAAGAUACCAAACUUUAACGGAAAGCAUUUUGAGCAGUGGAAAGUGGAUGUUUGUAGUAUUCUAGAAAGUAAUGCUUAUCCAGAUCAUGCUGUAGUACAAGCAAUUAGAAACUCGUUGCAAGGAGAUGUAAGACAAGUUCUCUUGACUCUUAAACCCACUGCUAGUGCUGAAACGAUAGUGAAUAAGUUGAAAGAAGUAUAUGGUAAUGUGAAAACAGGUGAUAGAGUAGUAACGGAGUUUUAUUCAGCAAAGCAAAAAGAAGGAGAAUCAUGUUCGUCUUGGGGAGUAAGAGUAGAAACAUUGUUUCAACAGGCUGUUGAAAAGGGUGAAAUUGAUGAAGAGAAACGAGAUAAGAAGAGAAAGGCUAGGUCAGAAGAAGAGGAAGAGAAUAGUGAAGUCAGAGAAGAAAAUACGCGUAGUGCAUAUGUCAAUCAGAUAAGGGAUAGCAGUGGAAUGAAAGAACUCUUAGAAAGAUUGAAAUCCAUGGAGAUAGAAAUGAAAAGGUUGAAAGGGCAAAGUACUAGUUAUAGAGGAAAUAAUUACAACAGUAACUUCAGAAGACCCUUUAGAGGAGGGUACAGAGGUGGAAAUAGAGGAUUCAGAGGUAGAAGUGACGAUGGGAAAGAAGAGCAGAUCAAGGAAACAGAAAAGGGACCAGAACAGAAUGAGAAGUCUUUAAACGAGAAAAAGCUUUCAUCGGGGGGCACGAUGGAAGCGAAAAAGUAG